AUGUGUCCCAAAAGGCACCCUAUUCCCUACGUACGGCACUACGGACGGGCACUACGGACCGGCCCUACGGACCGGCCCUACGGACCGGCUCUACGGACCGGCUCUACGGACCGGCACUACGGACCGGCUCUAUGGACCGGCCCUAUGGACCGGCACUAUGGACCGGCACUAUGGACCGGCACUAUGGACCGGCCCUAUGGACCGGCACUAUGGACCGGCACUAUGGACCGGCACUAUGGACCGGCACUAUGGACCGGCCCUAUGGACCGGCACUAUGGACCGGCUCUAUGGACCGGCCCUAUGGACCGGCACUAUGGACCGGCACUAUGGACCAGCCCUGAUGAGGGGCCAUACACAAAGCACUCCAACCCCUCCAGGCCACCGGAUGGAGCGCUGGCCAUCAGGAGGCAGAGUAUCCCAGAUGAGUUUAAGGGCUCCAGUGUUGUAGAGUUAAUGAAGAAAGAGGGAACCACACUCGGCCUCACUGUGUCCGGGGGUGUCGACAAGGAUGGAAAACCUCGGGUGUCCAACCUGCGCCAGGGAGGCAUCGCUGCUAGGAGUGACCAGCUCAACGUGGGCGACUACAUCAAGUCUGUAAACGGGAUCAACCUGACCAAGUUCCGUCACGACGAGAUCAUUAGCCUGCUGAAGAACGUCGGAGAACGUGUGGUUCUAGAGGUGGAAUACGAGCUGCCACCCGUCUCUGUUCAGGGCUCUGGGCUGAUGUUCAAAAGCGUUGAGGUGACUCUGCACAAAGAAGGCAAUACGUUCGGCUUUGUCAUCCGAGGAGGAGCCCACGAGGACAGGAACAAAUCCCGUCCCGUUGUCAUAACGACCAUCAGGCCAGGUGGACCUGCUGACAGGGAGGGUACGGUGAAGCCAGGGGACAGGCUCCUGAGUAUCGAUGGGAUCCGUCUUCAUGGGACGUCCCAUGCAGAGGCCAUGUCCAUCCUCAAACAGUGUGGACAGGAGGCGACGCUGCUCAUCGAGUACGACGUCUCCAUCAUGGACUCCAUAGCCACAGCUUCAGGGCCUCUGCUGGUUGAGGUAGCCAAGUCCCUGGGGUCCAGUCUGGGCCUGGCCCUCAACACCUCCAUGUACUGCAACAAGCAGGUCAUCAUCAUAGACAAGGUCAAGCCCGCAAGCAUCGCAGACAGGUGCGGGGCGCUGCACGCGGGUGACCACAUCCUGUCUGUGGACGGUACCAGUAUGGAGUACUGUACCUUGGCCGAGGCCACCCAGCUGCUCGCCAGCGCCUGUGAACACGUCAAGAUGGAGAUCCUGCCACACCACCAGACCAGGCUGGCCCUCAAGGGUCCUGAACACGUCAAGGUGCAGAGAAGCACGCGGACCCUUCCCUGGGAGUCCUCCUCAGCCAACAACAACAGCAACUUCCUCCCCUACCAACACUAUAACACCUACCAUCCUGACCAGUCGCAGAGACACCAGGCCUCCAAGCACCACAAAACCUCUCCCAACAACCCUCCUCUAGGCUCCUCCUUCUCUCCUACCUCUAUGAGUACCUACAGUCUGAGCUCCCUCAACAUGAGCACCCUGCCCAGGAACAUGUACCCCACCAGCCCCAGAGGAACCAUGAUCAGGAGGAAACUCAAGAAGAAGGACUUCAAGAGCUCACUGUCUCUGGCUAGCAGUACCCUGGGUCUAGCAGGUCAGGUUGUUCACACUGAGACGACUGAGGUGAUCCUGGUCAGUGACUCCAUCAUGGGGUUUGGCAUCCAGCUACAGGGGGGUGUGUUUGCCACAGAGACCCUGUCCUCACCCCCGCUCAUCGGCUAUUUGGAUCCAGACAGUCCUGCAGAGAGGUGUGGGAUUGUGCAGAUAGGUGACCGUAUCCUGUCUAUAAACGGGAUCCCUACAGAGGACAGCACCUUGGAAGAGACCAAUCAGCUACUGAGAGACUCCAGCAUCACCAGCAAGGUCUCGCUGGAGAUAGAGUUUGAUGUGGCAGAGUCAGUCAUCCCUAGCAGUGGCACCUUCCAUGUGAAGCUACCAAAGAAGCCUGGGGUGGAGCUGGGGAUCACUAUCAGCUCUCCAUCCAGUAGGAAACCUGGGGACGCACUCAUCAUCUCUGACAUCAAGAAGGGCAGCGUGGCUCACAGGACUGGGACUCUGGAGCUGGGGGACAAGCUGCUGGCCAUCGAUAACAUCCGGCUGGACAACUGCUCCAUGGAAGACGCUGUUCAGAUUCUCCAGCAGUGUGAAGAACUGGUCAAGCUCAAGAUCCGCAAGGACGAGGACAACUCAGAUGAACAGGAGCUGUCUGGAUCCAUCAUCUACACGGUGGAGCUGAAGAGAUAUGGAGGCCCGCUGGGGAUCACCAUCUCAGGCACAGAGGAGCCCUUUGACCCCAUCGUCAUCUCCAGCCUCACCAAGGGAGGACUGGCCGAGAGGACGGGAGCGAUCCACAUCGGGGACAGGAUCCUAGCCAUCAACUGUAACAGUCUGAAGGGUAAACCACUGAGUGAAGCCAUUCACCUGUUGCAGAUGGCUGGAGAGUCUGUCACACUGAAGAUCAAGAAACAGGGAGACUUGGCCAGUCCCAAGCAGCCGUCGGUGUCUGGUCAUCUCAGUGAUGUGAUGCUGAGUGAUGUGGAGGACGAGGCAGGGUUAGGCGGGCUGGGAAACCAGGCAGAGAGCCAGAAACUUGGGAAGCUCUCUGACCUCUACUCCACCACCAUCCCCUCUGUGGACUCAGCCGUGGAGUCCUGGGGCUCAGCCAUACACACCACCGUCAACACACAGGCCCCAGGUUUCCAGGCUUCUGGCUACAGCUUCCACAGCCAUGAGUGGAGGAACGCCAAGCCCAGCCAAGGCAGCCUGUCCCCCGUCAGCACCCGCCAGAGACACAACAUCCUGGCAGGCCUCAGCGACGACGAAUGGGACACACCCACCACCGGAGGAGCUUCUACACUGCCCACUGGUCUAAUCACUGACAGCAGGUUCACUGUGGGUCAUGACGGGACCGAGCCGGACCAGGAAGAGAACUUCUGGUCUCAGGCCCUGGAAGAUCUGGAGACCUGUGGCCAGUCUGGCAUCCUGAGGGAACUGGAGGCCCUGGAAGAUCUGGAGACCUGUGGCCAGUCUGGCAUCCUGAGGGAACUGGAGGACGAGCCAGACAGGCUUCUGAAUAAGAGAAACUUGGCCACCAUUAUGUCAGGCAGUAGUCUGAGUCUGAACCAUGACCCUGCUCCUCUGAGGAGCCACCUGGGUCGGCAGGCCAGCUUCCAGGAGCGCAGCGCAGCCCGGCCGCAGUGCAACCAGUCCUCGCGCUCCAACACCCUGCCCAGCGACGGGGGGCGCAAGGCCUUCGCCAUGAGGAAGAUGAAGCAGGAGAUGAAUGACGUCAUGUCGCCCACCCCCGUGGAGCUGCACAAGGUGAGUCUGUUGAAGGAGUCGGACCUUGAAGACUUUGGCUUCAGUGUGUCGGAUGGCCUCCUGGAGAAAGGUGUCUAUGUCAACAACAUCCGCCCAGGUGGACCUGCAGAGGUCGGGGGGCUGAAGUCCUACGACAGGCUGCUACAGAUCAACCACGUGAGGACCAGAGACUUCGACUGCUGUCUGGUGGUCCCUCUGAUCGCCGAGUCAGGAAACAAACUGGACCUGGUGAUCAGCAGGAACCCUGCUUCCUCCAGAACCGGGUCCCAGUCAGAACUGAACCAGCUACCCGCCGAGGAGCCCGUUAUCAACUGGACCGAGCCGGGGGACAGCCUCUCUGGCCCUCCACCCAACCAGAACCACCAUUCCUUGUCCAGGAUGGCUGCUGGAAUCGGGGUGACUGGGAUCGGGGCGGCGCUGGCCGGGGCUGGGCUAGAUGAGAGAGACCCCACUAAGACCUUAUAGCAGACUGGAGGUCUGAAGGCCCAAGGCUCUCUCUUUCUGUUGAUCUGUCUGUCUCACUAAGACCUUAUAUCAGAGUGGUAGUCUGAAGGCCCAAGGCUCUCUCUCUCUCUCUCUCCUUCCCCUGUGAGUUGCCCUCCCCCUGGUGCUACUGUAGAAAACCACUCUGAUGAGACAGGAAGCCAAUCUAAAAUGGAGCCUUAUUGCACGUGUAGGGCACUACUUCUGUCCAGAACCUCUUUUGCAGGCUAACCCCUCACAGCUCUGGCUAAAAGUAGUGCACUACCUAGGGAAUAGGGUGCUAUUAAGGACACAGUUAGACAGACAGUGUUCCUAGGUGGACGGUGGGGUCCUGGGCCUCUAAGUCAAAGCACACUGACAAAACUAAACUCCUUCCUCUGAGCCAGAGCAUGAGCCACAAUCACAAGAGGUUUCCUCCUCUACCUCCCUCACACCGGGGACUAUCGAGUACGGUACGCACCACUACCCAAGGACUACAAAGAUGGAGGUGAACUACAAAGAUGGAGGGCAACGUCGACCACACUGACCUCUUGGAAAAUACCCGAGACAAAAAUAAUAACAGCGAUGAACUGAAACAAUAGUGCCAUCCGACCGAUCCUCUCCUUCUUAUUACUGCAGCUGGACAAUAAAACAGUAACACACAGUUCUGUUGUUUAAAACAAAAAAAGACAAAAGAAAACACAAUAACAUUUGCUGAACCGUUUACAUGUGAUUCUGGCCUGGCCACUCUGUACGUGUGUGUUUGUGUUGCUGCACCACUGCUGUGUAGCGUUGUGACGGAAACAAGGCCAGAGUGAUACAAACCCUCGAUCUAGUUAUUCUAGGGAGUCCUUCCUUCCCUCUCUCUCUCUCUCGGUCUCUCUCGUUCACACUUAGCUUCGCUCUGUCCUCCUUGUCCUCCUUCAUCUGUCAUAGCUGGGUCUCACUAGCUCUCUGUCCCUCCCCCAUGUGAUUUCGAAUGGUUUUUACAGAGAAAACAUCAGUACCGCGUCUCACUUCUUCCCGAUGAUUUUUAAGUAGACUAUUUGACUUGGGGAAGAAAAAAUAAAUAAAUAAACAUCUGGAAAAUAGCACACUAUUGUAAACGUUCGCCCCAUUUAUUUUCUGAAGCCUCUGUACUGUAGUCCUGCCUCUCGUAGACAAGACUGAGGAGGAGGAAGUUGAAAUGGAACCAGGACAGUCAGUCAUCCCCUUAGGCUUCAUCACAAUGCGUUUGGCAGAUGAGACAAGACGUGCAUGUCACCAAGCACACUGGUUGACCUAGAAGCAUAAUAUAUGAAACCCUUUAGAAAAGGAUUUAAAAAAGCUUUGCUUUGGGGAGGAGAAUGAAGAAGCAGCUUUAUCUAGGCUACGCGCAAUUAGAAACAAACAAACAACAAAAUACAAUCUGCAAUUCCCAGAAACAAAAUGGCGACUUCUCUGAAUCCUAGAAUACUGGAUCGCCCAUUUCCCUGAAGCACCUUAUCCUUCAUUUGGACAUAGAUCUAUUUUCAUAAAUAGAUGCAGAAGAGAUGUUUUUACUGUACGAGGAGGUGAUAUAUGCAAUGUGCUUCCUUACAGCUGCACUAGUAAAGGAGGAAGAACUGACUGUGGUCCUGAGUCUGACUUGCCUGCAGACAGUAUGAGUGAAAUAGGUAUGCUAACACUGUGCUGUUACAGGAACCAGAGAUAGAGUUUAAAAAGAAUUGUGAUAUCCAAUUAGUAGUUACCAUCUUGCCCCAUCGCUGCGACUCCCGUACAGGGAGAGGUGAAGGUCGAGAGCCGUGCGUCCUCCGAAACACGACCCUGGCAAACCGCACUGCUUCUUGACACACUGCUCGCUUAACCCCGAAGCCAGCCGCACCAAUGUGUGGGAGGAAACACCGUACAACUGGCGACCGAAGUCAGCUUGCAGGCGCUCAACCCGCCACAAGGAGUCGCUAGAGCGCAAUGGGACAAGGAAAUCCCGGCCGGGCCAAACCCCUCCCCUAACCAGGACAACGCUCGGCCAAUUGUGCACCGCCUCAUGGGUCUCCUGGUCACGGCCCGGCUGUAACACAGUCUGGGAUGGAACCCGGGGCUGUAGUGACGCCUCGAGCCCUGCGAUGCAGUACCUUAGACCGCUGAGCCACUACGGGAGGCCCCAUAGAGAAAGUCCUACUUCAGAACAUUGGACAGCAGGUAGUUUCAUUGCUACUGAAACUAACUACUACUUAGGGAAGAGGCACCUAUAAAACUGGGUUUAGAAAAACUACUUCCUUAUUAUAGCAGUCGUUUAUCCUUUUAAAACGACGUUCUGAAAAAAGCUCCAAAACAACCAGAUAUCAAAUCAACCUUAAAAUAUCCCACCCGGAAUAGUAACAUUACUGAUUUAAUUUCUACCAUCCAAUCAAAAUGACACAUUGAUUUAAGGGGAGGGGGGGGGAAGCAUGAGGUAAAAUCUAAAACAACCCAAGUAAUUCAAAAACAGCUUUUCUAUUUUGUAUCCCACCAUCCCUGUACCCUAUUUGAGUAAACAACUAAUAUGCUAA